CAAUGGGCUUAGCUGGCCCAAAACGGCAAGCAUUGAAGACGUUUUGAUGGUAUAUGCUUCUCUGUUCCAGAAGGGUUUCUUCCAGAAGUGUUGGGGAUGAUACAGCAGGUGAAGCAGGCAAUGGAGAAAUCAAUCAGGUUGAGAGAGAAAUGGUAGAGGUGACAGAGAGCAAGUUGAAGAAGGCCAAAUACAAUAUCACUUCAAGCUCCAGAUUUACAUUUGAUAGUAAAUACAUUCGAUCAGUGGCUAAAGAUUAAAUUAAAACUUAGGCUUCCAGCAGCAGAAUUUUUGUGGACAGCAGCAUCACCUUUGAGUAGUUUCUUCGUGGUGACUCAAUGACCCAUCACAUUGCCUCAUUUUUGGGAUAUCAAGUUUGAGAUGGCACUGACGUUCAUUUUGGAGCAUCAAUGUCAUUGUUUUUAUCAAAAAUUUUGAGGGGAGAUACAUUGUUUUCACCACGUAUCAUUUAGCUAUGAAAUUUUCCAAGGAAAUGGCAUUUCUGUUAUUGUCUUCAAUUGACAUUGAGAGAUGAUGGCUUCUCCCCGGCUGAUGAUUUCCUCAAAAAGAAGUAAAAUGAUAAAAUAUGUUGAUUGCUAACCGUGAGUAAAUAUUGUCUUAAAUUCCUGCAUCCACAUCUUCAUUUCCUAGUGCUGUUUGCAACAACAGACAGAAAGGCCUAUUUAGAUCAUGGAGGAAUGACACAAAUCAUAUUAAUGCAUCACAAACAGGCAAUUGAGGUGAAGUCAUAAGGCAGCACACUGACAACUCAUUUAACUUGAUGAUCUUCUACCUCAAGUUUGAAUAUGAAUGGAAGACAGACUAAUUUUCUUGUAUGAAUUUCUAUAAACAAUAUACUUCAGUGGUGUCUCUUCACUUCAUAGAGAUGCCCAACAGAAGAUACAGGAAUGUUAUGCCACACCCACUGUUGUUGCAGCAGAAUUUGUUUCUUCUAUUGCUUCCAGUUCCAUAGCAUUUAGAACUAGAUGUUGAUGCAAUUUGAAGAAAAUUCCUUUCUUUGA